AUGGCGUCACGUCCGGCGGAGCUGCCCCUGGGCCCGCGAGGCAGGAUGGCUCCGUGGGCGGCGGCGGGGGCGGCGUGGGCGGCGCUGGCGGGGCUGCUCUGGGCCUCCGUCCACCAGGUCCGCGAGGGCCACGUGGCCGUCUACUUCCGGGGCGGGGCGCUGCUGCCCUCGCUGAGCGGGCCCGGAUUCCACAUCAUGCUCCCCUUCGUCACUUCCUUCCGCGCCGUCCAGACCACGCUGCAAACGGACGAGGUGAAGAACGUGCCCUGCGGGACCAGCGGUGGCGUCAUGAUCUACAUCGACCGCAUCGAGGUGGUGAACAUGCUGUCCGCACACGCAGUGUACGACGUGGUGAGGAACUUCACGGCGGAUUACGACAAGGCCCUCAUCUUCAACAAGAUCCACCACGAGCUCAACCAGUUCUGCAGCGCCCACACCCUGCAGGAGGUCUACAUCGAGUUCUUUGAUCGGAUCGACGAGUACCUGAAGCAGGCGCUGCAGCAGGACCUCAACGCCAUGGCCCCGGGACUCACCAUCCAGGCCGUGCGGGUGACCAAGCCCAAGAUCCCCGAGGCCAUCCGGAGGAACUUUGAGCUCGUGGAGGCGGAGAAAACGAAGCUCCUGAUUGCGGCCCAGAGGCAGAAGGUGGUGGAGAAGGAGGCCGAGACGGAGCGGCAGAAGGCCGUCAUAGACGCCGAGAAGGCGGCGCAAGUGUCCAGGAUCCAGUUCCGGCAGAAGAUCAUGGAGUCCGUGACGGAGAAGCACAUCUCCGAACUGGAAGACGCAUCGUUCUUGGCGAGAGCAAAAGUAAAGGCAGACGCGGAAUAUUACACAGCGCAGAAGGCGGCCCAAUCGAACAAGCUCAAGCUCACCCCGGCCUACCUGUCGCUGGAGCGGGACCGGGCCAUUGCCGCCAACAGCCGGCUGUACUUUGGCCGUGGACUCCCCGACCACCUCUUCCUGGGCUCCUGCGCCUUCGAGGCCGCGGUCGCCCAGGAGGCCGUGCGGCGGCAGCAGGAAGCCGCGGGGAAGCCGCGUGAUUGACAUUUCGUCCAUGCACUUCCACCGUCCUCGAGGGGGGAAGAAGUAUGGCUGCGGUGCCUCUCGUCAGCCUCGGCGGAUCUAGAUCCCUUUCCCCUUCAAUUGGAAACUGGAAACGGGAGGUCCCCUUUAGUUUCAUUCCUUUGAUGAGCCAAAGGAAUCUGCCACAAAGUCUGAGUCGACUGGAAUCUUUGCAACGCUGCUGCAGGUGGAACCGGAAACGAUUUUGGUAUAAAAGCGUGUGUUCUUGGGAAGCCGGGUAUGCAACACUUUGAUCUUUGGAAUUAAGGAGGAAUAAAAGAACUAUUUUCAUAGCUUU